UUCUGUUGGUUAGGCUUCCAUAAUUACAUGUUUGUUGUUCUGAUUACAUUAUUUCUUAUUUAAUAUUUCUUAAUGCAGAUUAAUGUCCUACCUGCUGAGCACAAUUGUCCAACUACAAAGCUUAGGGAGAGCAAAAUGGCUACUCAGAGCUGGGUUGUAGACAGGCUGUCUGAGUGGGUCAAGCAUAACCCUAGCAAGGGUGCAAAGGAUGCAAAAGAAAAGGUGGAGCAGGACUAUGGCAUCAAGCUGAAGUACUCCAAGGCAUGGUCAGGUCUGAAACUUGCACUAGAGCAAGUUCAUGGUAAAUAUGAGGAGAGUUUUCAAUUAUUGUUCAAUUGGAAAGCACAGAUGGAAUUAAGUUCACCUGGUAGUAUUAUUGAAAUUGAUUUGGAAAGGAAGAAUAAGAAGAUGCACUUCAAGAGGAUUUUUGUAGCAUUGAAGUCGUGUGUAGAUGGGUUCUUAGCUGGUUGUAGACCGUAUAUAGGGGUUGAUGCCACCAAGUUGAAUGGUAAAUACACUGGUCAGUUGGCUUCUGCAACUGCUGUGGAUGGGCACAACUGGUUGUAUCACUUAGCAUAUGCUGUAUUUGAUUUAGAAACAGAGGAGAACUGGACUUGGUUCAUGCUUCAGUUACAGAGGGCUGUUGGGACACCAGAAGGCCUUGUCAUAUGUACAGAUGCUUGUAAAGGCCUUGAAACAAUAGUAGGUGAUGUGUUUCCAACAGCUGAGUACAGAGAGUGCAUGAGGCAUCUCUAUGGCAACUUCAUGAAGCAUUAUCAAGGUGAUGUAUUCACUGAGCACUUGUAUCCAGCUGCAAGAAGCUACACUGAGUACAUGUUCAAGUGGCACAUGAAGAAAAUAAAUGAUGUUGCUCCAGAUGCUAUAGAAUACCUUGAGAGAGACCAUAAUAGGAUUUGGUACAGAAGUGGAUUCUCAGAAACUAGAAAAUGUGAUUACUUAACAAAUAAUGUUUCUGAGAGUUUCAAUGCACAGAUAAGGCAUUUGAAAGGCCUGUUGCUGCAUGAGUUGGUAGAUGGUUUGAGAGAAUUGUUCAUGGAGAAGAGGUACCUUAGAAAACAAAUUGGUAGACAGAUGGAAGAUGGCAUAUUGCCCAAUGUCCUUAAGGAAUUGAACACAAUAAGCAAGAACUUGCAGGUUGUCAAGAUUGUGAGGAGUGAUGAUGACAUUGCAGAGGUGACACUAAUUGACAGGUGGAACAACACAAGAAGGCAUUCUGUAGAUCUUAAAAACCAAAAAUGUUCAUGCAGAGAGUGGCAAAUAACAGGCAAACCCUGCAGACAUGCAUUGGCUUGGAUAUUGUCCAACAGAGGUGUCAACAUUGGGGAUUAUGUGCAUGAGUAUUAUUCAGUUGCAAGGUUUAGGUCUGCUUAUGAGGGUAGAGUUGAAGCAUUGCCAGACAGGUCACAGUGGCCAGCUGUGGACCUUGGAUUCAAAGUCUACGCUCCUUUGUUGGGAAGAUCUGCAGGAAGGCCAAGGAAAGUGAGGAUCAGGGGCUGCCUAGAGAAAAAUGCUACAAAAAAGAAGGUGAAAUGUAGCAGAUGCAAAGAAUUUGGUCACUUUGCUAAGACAUGCCAGAUGUCAGUAGUUGGAGAAGAUGGGGAAACUGCAACACCAAAGAGGAAGAGGCCUGCUACUGAUGACAUGGCUGGGCCAUCUCAGAAGAAAAAGAAGACCCCCAAGAAGAAAAGCCCCAAGAGGAAGAAGACCCCCAAGAAGAAGAAGACCCCAGCCAAGAAGAAACAGAAGCAAGCUGAAGCAGCUCCUGCUCCAUGUGUUGUCAGGAGUCUAAAAGUUUGGCUCAACACUUGAAGCAUUUGGUCAGAGUCGAAGCUUGAAGCUUGGCUGUUAGCAAGACUUUUGGAAUGUAAUUUGUCUGUUAGCAAGGCUGUGAACUUGUCUUUUGUGAAGUAAUGCUGUGAACUUGUCUUUUGUCAAGUCAUGCUUUGGUCAA